AAAACUUCUAUGGUCCAAAGCAAUUCAUCCAAGAAACAGGUAAAAGUAGUUUCAAAGAAAGAAAAGAGGAAAAAAAAACAAUAAAAAAAACAAAGAGAAAAAUAAAAAAAGAAGGAGAAGAGAAAGAAGAAGAAAAGAAACAAGAUGAAAUAUUGCACGUAAAGAAUUGAAAGAAAAGAAAUAUAUAUAAAUGAAUGUGGAGAAAUAAUAAUGUGGCUUCCGAGCACAAAAGGAAGCCCAAAGGGAAGGAGAUCGGGCGGGAAUGGGUUGGUGGCGGUGGCAAUAGACAAAGACAAAUCCAGCCAAUAUGCCAUCAAAUGGGCGACGGAGAAUCUGGUGUCCAGGGGCCAAACCGUCAUUCUCAUCCACGUCGUCAACCAUGCCGCCGCCGCCGCCAAGCACCACCAUUCAGAUAAACACACCAAAGAUUUGUUCCUCACUUUUCAUUGUUUCUGCACCCGUAAGGAUAUACAUUGCAUAGACAUCGUGGUGGAAGACACCAAUAUAGGCAAGGCAUUGGCGGAGUAUGUCUCCAAAGCCGCCAUUGAGAAUCUGGUGCUCGGUGCUUCCCGCCACAGCUUUCUCAAGAGAUUGAAGGUGACGGAUAUCCCGACUACCACUUCAAAGGCGGCGCCGGAUUUCUGCACCGUUUACGUGAUUUCCAAGUCCAAAAUCUCCUCCGUCAGAAACGCAUCUCGUCCCGCCCCUUUCGCUUCCCCUCUCUACAACCAGAUUCUUCAGAUCCAGGACAACAAUCCCGUUCUCCCUGACAUUCGCCCCAGAAACAGUCUCAGAGGAUUCGAUGAGAAACAUCUGAGAUCUUUCAAGUUAGAUGACAGUGAAUCGGUUAGGUCAUCGUUUGAGCGAGGGAGAGGUAUCCCGAGGAGGGCGUUUGGGGAGGAGCCAGAUACGGAUCUAUCAUUUGUGAGCUCCGGCAGGCCGAGCAGCGAUCGGAUUUCGUCUGUGUUUAAUGAUGCGGUGGAUCCUGGCCGGAUCUCUCACGUUUCGUCCAGCUCUGAUGGAAGCUAUGGCUCCGGUCGUCUCGGAAGAGGAAAUGAUCCCUCUUCUUUUACUGAUCUCUCUUCGUCCUCACUUGAAAACGACGAUGUGGAAGCUGAGAUGAGGAGGCUGAAACUCGAGUUGCAGAAGACCAUGGAUUUGUAUAGCACUGCGUGCAAAGAGGCACUAACUGCUCAGCAAAAGGCAGCAGAACUCCAGCGGUGGAGGGUGGAAGAGGAAAGAAAGCUAGAGGAGGCUAGACUCAUUGAGGAAGCAGAAGAAGCAUCAAAAAUGGCUGCACACAUUGAGAAAUCUAAAUCUAGUCUGUCACCAGGGGGCAAAAGAGCUGAGGGUGAAAAUGGAGACGGUGAGAAUAGGAUGGUGAUGCCUUUAAGAUUGGGGAAGGAGGGUAUGGCCCUGUGUUUAAAUGUUACCUUGAUCAUACUGUGGUAGCUGUAAAGGUUCUACGCCCUGAUGCAGCCCAAGGAAGAGCACAGUUUCAACAAGAGGUUGAGGUGCUGAGUUGCAUGAGA